CUUUUUAUUUGGACACCUGCCCAUCUUAUGGAGAAUGAUGAGGAAUCAGGAGUUUAUACACGAUCUCUUCCUGGAGUGGGCAGAGAAAUAUGGAACUGUUGUACGACUUAAUGCCUUUCACAGAGUCACAUUAAUGGUUGUGAGCCCUGAAGGAGUGAAGGAGUUCUUGAUGUCACCACAGUACCCGAAGGAUCGGCUGGUGUACGAUCGUCUCUUCAGCCUGUUUGGUGAGAGGUUUCUAGGGAAUGGCUUGGUAACUGUUUGCAACCAUGAGAAUUGGCACAAGCAGCGGAGGAUAAUGGAUCCAGCUUUCAGCCGAACCUACCUGAUUGGUCUGAUGGAAACUUUUAAUGAAAAAGCAGAGGAGCUCAUGGAGAAGCUAGAGGAAAAGGCAGAUGGAAAAACAGAGUUUAGCAUGCUGUCGAUGAUGAGCCGUGUGACUAUGGAUAUCAUUGCAAAGGUGGCCUUUGGCUUGGAAUUAAAUGCACUGAGUGAUGACCAGACACCUUUACCUCACGCUGUGACUAUGGUUUUGGAGGGAAUGACCAAGGCACGCAUCCCCCUCAUACGGUUCAUGCCAGGGAAACAGAAGCUGAUAAAGGAGGCCAGGGAGAGUGUGAGGCUGCUGCGGAGUGUGGGGAAGAAAUGCAUUGACCAGAGAAGAGAAGCCAUGCAGAAUGGGAAGGAAGCCACACUGGAUAUUCUUACACAGAUACUGAAAGGAGAUGCUCUGGAGGAAACUAGAGAUGAUGAAAGCCUUCUGGAUAACUUCCUCACUUUCUUUGUUGCAGGUCAUGAAACCACUGCCAAUCAGUUGGCAUUUACAGUAAUGGCAGUGGCUCAGCAUCCUGAAAUACUGGAAAGGGUUCAGGCUGAAGUGGAUGAUGUUCUUGGUGCCAAGAGAGACAUUGACUAUGAGGAUCUUGGCAAACUCACCUACUUAUCGCAGGUUUUGAAGGAAUCUCUGCGGCUGUACCCGCCUGUCCCGGGGACAAUACGCAGGCUGAAGAAGGAUCACAUCAUCGAUGGCAUCAGAAUUCCUGCAAACACAAGUCUCGUUUUCAGCACUUAUAUAAUGGGAAGGAUGGAAAGGUUUUUCAAGGAUCCAUUUACUUUCAAUCCAGACCGAUUCAGCAAAGAUGCACCUAAGCCAUAUUACUGCUAUUUUCCAUUCUCUCUGGGACCUCGAUCCUGCAUUGGUCAGGUGUUUGCACAGAUGGAGGCAAAAGUGGUGAUGGCAAAACUGCUGCAGAGGUUUGAAUUCCAGCUGGUACCAGGGCAGAGUUUUAAACUCUUGGAGGCUGGAACCUUUAAGCCACUAGAUGGAGUAAUGUGUAAAAUAACGCCAAGGAGCUCUACAAGAAGCUGCCGGGCGUGACUACUCAAGGAGGGGAGCCUGACAUGCUAUUGGUAGUUUCUUCUGAUUUUGAAGUUCUUGACUCUAAUCAAAGGUUAGAUUUUUCAGCCCCCUUUGGAGGAUUACUAGACUGAAAUUAUUCCUAGCCUUCAUCAUCAUUUACUGAAGAAAACUUUAGGAGUUACUCUAGUGAUCAUCUUCAGUCUGGAAGCAUACCUGGAAUUGCCAAGCUUGUUAUUUUCCUGGGGGACUCUUUGAUUCUGACCAGACUUGGAAAAGAGCAUCUUUUCACUGGAGUAUCCCUGGAGCUCCACACAAACCUACACUCAAAUUCCAGCUCAU